AUGGCGAUGCUUUCCUUAAGCUCCCUGGUGCUCCUCUUUGCAGCCAUGAUUCAACUCUCUCAAGCACUUCCAGAUUCUGACAACAACCCACCUCUUAACAACGCUCCAUCUGAGCCACCAUCUCCCAUUUACAACCCUCCGACAACUCACAAAACACCCUCCUUUUAUAAGACCCCAGCUGGGAAAACCCCACCAUUCCAGAAACCACCAUUUUACAACACCCCUAUUGAAAACCCCCCUCUUUAUAAGCCACCAUUUUACGACCCUCCACCCCACAAAACCCCACCCUUUGUGCCUCCGCUUUACAUCCCACCCUCUGAUAAACCACCACUUUUCGUGCCACCCUUCAAGAUACCGCCUUUUCCCAUGCCAUCCUUUGAGAAACCACCAUUUUCUGCACCACCACUUUUUUUGCCACCCUUUAAGAUACCACCACCACCUCUUCACAUGCUACCUUACCCCAAGUUCUUUCCGACGUACUGCACCUGCUUCUGA